CUCGCAUGGAAACGCGGGCCUCAAGGGAACAUGCGCGUAUGGUCACUUAAUCCUGAGGAGCUCCAAGGGAAAAGAAGGGACAGGCCAAAAAGGCAAACAACGAGGACAAAUAAGGCUCUCGGGUCUUACUCCGGAUAAACUCACAAACAGGUAAGUAGAUAUCACUAUAUAUAAUCGAGGUACACGUGUAUUUAAUUUCUCUUAAUUUUCAGCCACUGUCGGGCCGGCCUGGAGGCGAUGAUAGCCCGGGCUGAUGACUUCCCUUGGAGGCCAGCAGCGACACGGGUCUCCACACGGGAAAACGGCGCUCUCCGGUGAGUGGUGCACGGGCAGUCCGAGAUUCGGCUGCCAGACAAAAUGGCGAUACUUCUCAGCGCCGCAAUGCAACCGCUGGAAGUUUCCGAGAGGAGGAGGAGGACGCGGUACGCCGGAACGGACUCACCGGGAAGUGUUGACGUCGUCGGCGUCGAUUGUAGAAGGCUUUCCUGGUUGGUCGCUGGCACGGGUCGAACGGACACCGGUUGCUGGUCAGCCAAGUCGGGCUGGCACAAAGAAAAUUUUUACUAGCACUCCUAGCUGCAUCUGCCUUGAUUGCUGGACAGUAUGGCCGCGACUAUCACGCUAUCUGCUGAUCAUCGCCCCCCGCCAUAUUACAUGGCCUCUCUCGACAUUGGGUCAUUGGAUACAUGGGCCAUUUGAAGUAAUCCCAGAGCGAACCGGGAUUAAUCAUCAAAUGGCCAGAUCGCCCCCCAGACUAAUCCCGCUGCUGCAGCUAUCGCCCUAUCGACCUAAACUAUCGAUAACGUCGCUCCCACUCGACCCCAAUUGCAACAUCAACCAAAGAUUUCGAGGGGCGCUGCCCGGAGUUUCAGCAGAACGAUGAAAUAAUUGGUAG